UGACUGUGGAGGGGGGUAUAGUGAGUCUGUGGCUGAGAUGUGUGACGAGUUACAGAACGGGUCCCUCCCCCUCCUCAUCGUCACCCCCAACGGACGGGGAGAGUCCGGGGCUAACAGAGACUGUUUUAUCUUCAAUCCCAUGGCCAAAUCUCCAGUGCAUGUCAACAUGUUUAAAUUCUUAGGUGUGUUAUUUGGGAUAGCCAUUAGAAGUGGUAGUCCCCUGAGUCUGAACAUUGCAGAGCCUGUGUGGAAACAGGUGGCUGGGAUGCCCCUCAGUAUAUCAGACCUGGCAGAGAUUGACAAAGACUGUGUCCCAGGUCUGAUAUGCAUCAAAGAUCUGACAGAUGAGAAACUCCAGGCAGUAGAGAUGCCCUUCAGUAUCCCCAGCUCUUCUGGUCAGGAGGUACAAUUGUCAGCCAAAUACAGCAAGAUAACUCCCGCAAAUAAAGUGGAGUACAUCAAACAGGCCAUUAAUUACAGAUUGCAUGAGUUUGAUGACCAGGUCAGGUGGGUCAGGGAGGGCAUGUCAAAGGUCAUCCCAGUACCUCUCCUGUCAUUGUUCACUGGACUGGAACUGGAAACCAUGGUGUGUGGUAGUCCAGACAUACCUCUGUACUUACUGAAGUCGGUGGCCACCUAUAAAGGUGUGGACGCUAACGCCCCCCUGGUGACCUGGUUCUGGGAGGUGAUGGAGGAGCUGUUUAACAAUGAGCGGUCCCUGUUCCUGAGGUUUGUGUGGGGCAGGACCCGCCUCCCCAGGUCCAUCGCAGACUUCAGGGGGAGAGACUUUGUCCUGCAGGUGUUGGAUAAAUAUAACCCACCGGAUCACUUCCUGCCAGAAAGCUACACCUGUUUCUUCCUGCUCAAGAUGCCACGUUAUUCCUGUAAACCCGUGUUACUGGAGAAGCUCAAAUACGCCAUACACUUCUGUCGCUCCAUAGACACCGACGACUACGCUCGGGUGGCUCUCACGGGGGAAAUCCUUGUCGACGAUACCCCGGAGGCCAGCGAUGACUCGGAGGAUAUUUAUAGUAUGGAGUCCGACGGGGAAAUCGUGGAUUCCGAUUCCAGUUUGGUCUGAACUUCAGUGAUGCUUUCUAGUCUACAUAUAGAACAGUCUUGCAAUGUUUUUAUUAACUUUGUUAUAAAUAAAGAUAGUUGGACAUACACUUGCUUGAAAAGAAUAACAUUAAAAUAUGAACAAAAUUAUUGUUAUUAAGGACAACAACUAAUAAUCUGUUAGGCAUAUGAAUUUAUUGUCAAAUGGAAAGAUAUGUAUGUCUGUUUUAAGUUUUUUCAAAGCCAUAGCCAAAUUAUAUUGAUUUUUUACUUAAUUUCCAUUGCUUUACUUUUAACAGCAUGAUGUAAGUGGUAGCUAAUAUUUUCACUUUAAUUUAAUUAUAUAUAUUUAUAAGUAUUAAAAAGAUUUUUUUCUCCUUUACUUUUUUGAAGAUAAAAUUCAUAUUUUUAUUGCAUUGACAAUUACAUUGUAGUAUAAAUAGAGUGUCCCAGUGUUGGUAUUAAAUUACUGGUAGGAUUUUUUUUUUACACGCACAAGUCAUAUUUCUGUAAAUAUUGAUAAUGAAGCAUUCAACUUUUGUAUAAAUAGCAAAAGAUUUAUAUUGUAAAUAUUUCUAGGUAAUAGAUAAACCAAAGUCUUAUCAAAUAAAAAGUCCUAGUUAGUAUAUUUAUUGCUGAUAGAGCAUCAAUCUUCAUUAUUCCUUGAAGUAGUCAAUUUUAAGAACAAGAACUUGCAUGAACACCAUGAAAAUGUGGUGAAAAACAUUUUUUUGCACAUGAAAAUGUGGUGAAAAACAUUUUUUUGCAGUGAUAUGUUGCUAGUUUUUGUUUUCAGUAUUGUAGUGUAGUAGUUUAUAAAUCAGUCUUAAUUCUGUGUUUGGAAUUGUUUUAUUGCAUUAAUAUUUGAUGCUAUGUAAAUACUGAUAUUUUACGAGGCGAUUGACUGUGGUUAAUGUAUAUUGCCGUCUCUGUAAGAGACAUUGUAAUUUUAGCAAUUUUCAUUGCUUCAGAAAUCUUAUUACUGAUACAUGUAUCUAUAACUAGAAACACAAGUUGAUUAUUUCAUAAUAUUUACUAUAGUUGUAAUUUCAUUUAGUUAUUACAAUUCUUUGAAUAAAUAAAUUUCAGUACAACUUUAUUGCCGUGAUAAAAACAGAAUUGUUUCUUUUUUGGGUGACUGCUUAUAUGUCUGAAUGGAGAAUUUGAGAAAGGUAGUUUAGUAAUGGCUUAAAUGCUUUUUAAUUCUUAAAAUUGACACCUAUACCAUUACUUUCAUACAAAAUGAGAGUUUUAAAACUUUGAAAGACGACAAAUAAAAUAAAAUUUAUGUCAUGUAAGUUAAUUUUGAGCAGAUUGUUUGCAUUUAGAAACCAUGAUAGAAAACUCUUUCCAAUCACAGUACAUGGUACAGCAGUACAUUAUUUAGCACCUAGUGAAAUGUAAUGUGAAAAGUUAUGAUAAAGUUUGUCAAAACUCUGUAUAUUAUUUAUGCUGUGUGUUUGAGUUUUGUUAUGAAUCAUGUAUUUGUUUUUAAUUAUAAAUUGUUAUUAAAUGUACAAGAGUCCUUAUGCUUUGAUUUUUUCAAAUAAAAAAUGUGAAAACAAAA